AUGGCGCAACGCCAGGGAAGCAUUUGGCGCCUUUGCAAUUGCGCCCAGCUGAAGUACCGCUUGACCCAGUUUCCAGCCCCAAAAGAAAAAAAAAAACUUUUCUUCUUUUUCCCCUCGGGUAUACACACGAAUAGGGAAAGUUCCCAAGUUGUGUUAAAAGAGGAAAAAAAAAAAAAAAAAAAAGAGGAUUGCUCGGUGACCUUCGUGGAGAGUGACAACAACGGCAAUAAUGACAACAACCGGGAGGGCCUUCUGCAGGCGCAGGGAAAACCCAUCGACCGGCUACACGCCGACCAGCUACACAUCGACCGGGAAACCUUCUGCCCAUAUUUGACCAAAAGGAGAACUGCCCUCAAGUUCAUUUCUUACCACAUAAAGGAGUACCAACAGGGCAUGCUUUACAAAAAGAGUGAUGGGAGUGAAAAGGCCUUUUUAUAUUCAACAAAAAUUAAAAAGUGCCAUUACAGCGAUAGGAUAAGUACUAAUUUAUUUGUAAGUUGUUUUUCCCCUGGGGACCAUGGGGAAAUAAUUUGCAGGAAAAGUCUUUUUGAAAUUCUGUUUAGGAAGUUUAGCCUCCUUUACCUUUUCACCGACACGAGCCAUGUCCACGAGGUGAAGAAAUAUUUGGCCGAUUUUGCGCGCCAAAAGGGGGAAGAUGGAAAACACGCAUCGCACACACAGAACAUUCAACAAAUAAACAUGAAUGAGGAAGGAAAUUUUGUAAAACUGAGGGACUGGCAGGAACCAAUCCACCUGUACUACUGCUACGUGUCGCCAUACAGGUACCUCCUCUCAAGUUACUUUAGCAAAAGAAUAGCACAGGAUUUAAAAGCCAAUUAUUUUAAAGGGAAUAAUUUUUUUUUUAUAAAUGAUAGAUUAAGUGUGGAUGUUGAAAACACGCUGCUGCUACCUGGGAGUAGAACUGUUGGUUCGUUCACCCCCAACGAUACGUUGCCUUCGUUACUUCUGGUGGAUGACUGCUGCUACGUGAGGUAUCACAUAAAGGGGUUGUUCACGAGGGAGGCUUCACACUACCUCUUCAACGUCAUGAAGGGCAUUUAG